AGGAGGAUGGGCCGGCCCAAACACCGCCUCUGGACUAAAACGCUUCUCAUGCAGACGACAAGUUAAAAGCAACAGCCAAUUAAGUUCUGCUCAUUUCAACCCAUUCUGGUCCUUGGAACCACUUCACAGAGGCGUGACUGAAUCCAGACGGCCGGCUCUGAAGGAAAGACCUGCCUGCACGAGUGUUUGGUUCUGUCAGAACCGCUGAUCUAUCCGGUGUCAGAUCGCUUCCAGGCGUUCUGGCAGGCAGAGCAGCAUGUCAGAGAAGGUGAAAGCAGCCAGCGUGCCUCUGUGUCCCGUGAGCUCCGAGGAUGACCCAGAGCAGGAGCUGCUGUGUAUCUUUGGGACCGGGGACUUGGGGCGCUCACUGGGCCAGCGUCUGAUCCAGGCUGGCUACAGGUUGGUGUACGGCAGCCGCAGACCCCACAGCUGUGGCCCCCUGCCUCCAGGAACUCAGGCGACGAGUCACGAGGCCGCAGCACAGUCAGCACAGCUGAUCUUCCUCUGUGUUCACAGAGAACAUUACGACUUUCUGGAGUCCCUGACACCUCAGCUCAAGGGCAAGGUGGUGGUGGAUGUGAGCAACAACCUCAAGAGGGAUCUGUACCCGGAGGCCAACGCUGAGCAUCUGCAGAGGCUGAUCCCCGGAGCUCAUGUGGUGAAAGCGUUUAACACCUUGUCUGCUUGGGCUCUUCAGAACGGACCAUCAGACGCCAACAGACAGGUGUACCUGUGUGGGAACAGAACCGAGGCGAAGCAGGCGGUGGCAGAGACGGCUACCAAGCUGGGCUUCACUGUUGUGGAUAGAGGGUCUCUGUCUGCAGCCAGAGAGCUGGAGGACUCCCCCCUGCAGCUGUUCCCAGACUGGAGGCUGCCUAUGCGCUUGACCGUUGGCCUCACUGCCUUCUUUUUCCUCUAUGUGGUCAUCAGAGAUGUCAUCUACGCUUACGUUGAACAAAGGAAGGACAUCUCCUUCAGGAUCAUGGUCUCUCUGGCAAACAAGGUGUUUCCUAUCGUGUCCCUCAUCAUGCUGUCUCUCUGUUACCUGCCUGGAAUCAUGGCUGCCUGCCUGCAGCUCUCCAGAGGAACCAAAUACAAGCGCUUUCCCGACUGGCUGGACCGCUGGAUGCUGUGCAGGAAGCAGCUGGGUCUGGUGUCUCUGGCCUUAGCAUCCCUGCAUGUGCUGUACACUCUCAUCAUCCCUAUAAGAUACUAUGUGAGAUACAGACUCGCAGCGAUUACCAUCUCACAGAUCCGGGAGAACAAAACGACUGCGUUUGACACGACCAUGGCCUGGAGAACCGACUCUUACUACUCCAUGGGAGUUCUGGGAUUUGGUCUGUUUCUCCUGUUGGGAAUAUCUUCUCUUCCUUCUGUCAGCAACAUUCUCAGCUGGAGAGAGUUCAGCUUUAUUCAGUCCAAGUUGGGAUACCUGACACUGUUCAUCUGCACGUUCCACACCUACCUGUACGGCUGGGACAAAUUCCUUCACCUCGCCUCCUACAAAUGGUUCACUCCACCCAGCUACAUGCUCUGUCUGAUAGUACCUUCAGCGGUGCUGCUGCUCAAGAUGCUGCUUCUGCUGCCCUGUGUGGAUAAACGUCUGACUCGGAUUCGGCAGGGCUGGGAGCGGGCUGAUCCCGAGGACGGCACCAGGAAGUCACUCCUAACGUAGGACGGUCACAACCACACAGACUCCGAUGAGAAGAACAAAAAUACAUUAUUCACGGUCUUUAAAGAGUAUUCUACGCCACAUAACCACCUCCAAUAAAACAGUCAGAGCUACAAAAAUCUUUCUGUGCAUUUUAACACUUUGGUGCCGUAUUUUUAAAAGCAUCCGUUUUUAUCCAUCACUUUAUAAACAUGCGUACAUUUAUCCAGAAUAACAGGAGACACGCUAUUUUAUUUCUUCUCUGUCUGAAGUUUUAAAUGUGCAAACCUCACUUUCUGCAUCCUUUAGUGCUGCCAGGUGGGUCUGUCUCUAUAAACACCCACAUGUGGAUGUAAACCAUCGGCCCUUGGUCCCUUAUUGCAGUGCUUCCCAACCCUGGCCCUCAGGGCACGGUCCUGCAUGUUUUCCAUGUUGCCCUGCUGCCACGCACCUGACUUAUAUGAAUGAGCGACCGACAGGCAUCUGCAGCACUUGAUGUCCUGCUGAGAAGCCAAUGUAAAUCAGGCGUGCUGAAGCAGCGACAUCGAAAACAUGUAGGACAGUGCCCCUGAGGACCAGGGUUGGGAAACACUGCCUUAUUGUGAUGUCACAAUAAGGAAAUUAGCACACAGCACAGCCCAUCUGUCUGAGGUGUGGCUCUACUCUGAGCCCCUCCCAGGGCUCUGAGCUCCUCACCCCAAAGUAGCCAGUUUGGGUGGGUGUGGCCGGCUCCAGCUGGUUUUCUUAAAGAGACAAAGCCCUGAAGUGGCUCAUUCUGGAAGGUACUGAAAGGUCAAGAAUAAAUCUGCUGAAAUAGUUUCAUGUGAGAGAAAUGUAAGGCAAAGAACUUCAUAAACACGUUUUGUAUUGACCGCAGAAAUAUUAUAACUUUUUAAAUGUCAUCGUGUGUUCCUUUAACAACAAGUUUCUCUGAUGUUUAUUCACUUUAUUCCUUUUCUGAACAGUUUAAAAAUGCCGUGUUGUUUUCUGUAACGUUGUUUUUCAUAUAACACGUUUAUCAUUUGUCAAAACUAAAAAAAUAAAUAAAAUAUAUCUUUUUUUCCA